CUGACCUUCUAAGUUCUCCUUUGCAUCCAUCUAGGCGGGCGGCCCCGGGGCACCACAACUAACCACCACCGUCACCAUGCCCAGGAAAUUCUUCGUAGGCGGGAACUGGAAAAUGAAUGGCGACAAGAAGAGCCUCGGGGAGCUCAUCCAGAUUCUCAAUGGCGCCAAGGUCCCUGCAGACACCGAGGUCGUUUGUGGUGCCCCCUCCAUCUACCUCGACUUUGCCCGCCAGAAGCUCGAUGCCAAGAUCGGUGUGGCCGCCCAGAAUUGUUACAAGGUGCCUAAGGGAGCUUUCACAGGAGAGAUCAGCCCAGCCAUGAUAAAGGAUGUUGGCGUCACCUGGGUGAUUUUGGGACACUCUGAGAGGAGGCAUGUCUUUGGCGAGUCCGAUGAGCUCAUUGGACAGAAGGUGGCUCACGCCUUGGCCGAGGGUCUGGGCGUCAUCGCCUGCAUUGGGGAAAAACUGGACGAGCGAGAGGCUGGCAUCACCGAGAAAGUGGUAUUUGAGCAGACCAAGGCUAUUGCUGAUAACGUGAAGGACUGGAGCAAAGUGGUUCUUGCCUAUGAGCCAGUUUGGGCCAUUGGGACUGGUAAAACUGCAACUCCUCAGCAGGCUCAGGAGGUUCACGAGAAGUUGAGAGGUUGGCUGAAGAGUCACGUGUCUGAUGCUGUUUCACAGUCGACUCGGAUCAUCUACGGAGGUUCCGUCACUGGCCCCACCUGCAAAGAACUGGCCUCUCAGCACGACGUGGACGGCUUCCUCGUCGGCGGGGCUUCCCUCAAACCCGAAUUCGUAGACAUCAUCAACGCGAAACACUGAAAGCCGCUGCUCGGGAUUCGAAGUGAGGAGGUGCAGUUCAUCGCAGGCAGAAGAUACGGCACUGUAGAAACCUGCGCCCCCACGCUCUGCACUUGGGUUACACAAACUCCCCUUCAAGUCCCUGCUCCCAUACUUUGCUGUUAAUUGUCCCACACUGCUGCUGCUAAACACAACAGUUGCCAAGGCAUUUCUCGGUUAGCUGGAUCCUUUGUGCAGGCCGGCCUUUGUUCACUUCCCCCUGUGCUGGAGGGACAGGGCUUCCUGCCUUGCUCUUCUCCCUGUAAGCUAGACAGAGGCCUCCUUUUUUCUGAUCAGUGUCUAGUUUUGCUGCCUUGCUGAGGACGGGGUCUCUUGCCUCUCGCUUCAGCCGAGUCGGAGUCUUUACCCAGUGGCUUGUGUUGUAUGUAAGAUGUGCGUCCGUACUGUGUCCCACCCCCUAAGCCAACAAUGAACAGAAAUAAAGAAAGGGAAACGAA